ACGGAAAUUGUGUCAGAGCCAAAAUGGUGCCCAUGGUUAGUUUGAGGAGAACCACUUGGGAGGAAUAAGCAGACAUCCAAUGAAACAGAGAACUAAAUAAAAAUAUAUCAAGGAAAUAACACGCUUGACACGGCAGUUGUUUUGUUUUACUAACGUCGAACAGCGGCUGCAACUCACGCUAGCGGUUACGGAAGAAACAGGGAUAGCGAUGCGCCUGUCUUAAAUGACCAGUUAGCUGACGUUAGUUACGAAGACAUUUCGAAGUGGACUCUGUCUGACAGCAGAAAGUGAGGAUGGCUCAGUGGGACAGACUGACGGACCUGCCUGAUGUUUACACACAGCAGCUACAUGAGCUCUAUGACAGGGAUGCUUUGCCUAUGGAUGUGAGGCACUACCUGUCAGUCUGGAUAGAGAAGCAGGAGUGGCAACGAGCAGCAAGGGACCAUGAUUUGGCAAUGGCGCUGUUCCAGGUCCUACUGGAGAAUUUGGAUAUACAACACAGCCGCUUUGUCCAGGAGGAGUCUUUCUUGAUGCAGCACAACAUUAGACGCUAUAAACAGAACUUUCAGAGAUACCUGGAUGACCCGUGUGCCUUGGCAAACACAAUCCUAUGGUUUUUGGGAAAAGAAAAGGAAAUCCUGCAAAGUGCUGAUCUGGUUGAGCAGGUCGAGUUCUUGCAUGUAGCGCAAGAAGCCAUGGAGACGAGCAGCCAGCAGGACCUUGAACGCAAAAUGGCUGGCCUUCGGAAUGAAGUGCAGUGUAUGGAACAUACAAUGUUUUGUCUGGAGGAGCAGCAAGACGAGUUUGAUUUUAAAUACCAAACCUAUAAAAUGGAAGCUGUGGUAGAUGAGGCGGUGGAGAAGGAACAAAUUCAUGUUUUUCAGUUACUUAUCAACAGACUGAAUGAAUGUAGAAAGAGCACACUGUCAGACCUAAAUAAGCUCCUCGACAGGACUGAUGACCUGAUCGAUAUAUUGGUGAAAAAGGAGCUGGUGGAGUGGCAGAGGAGGCAGCAGAAGGCCUGCAUUGGUGCUCCAGACAAUGUUCUUCUGGACCAGCUAGAGAAGUGGUUCACCUGUGUGGCAGUGUGUCUGUUCCAGGUGCGGGAGUUUCUUGGUAAACUGGAGGAGCUGGUAGAAAAAGUGACCUAUGACAACGACCCGGUGAAGGACCAAAAACCCACAAUGCAGAAGAGAGCAGAUACUCUUCUUAAAGACUUACUCAAGAGUUCCUUUGUGGUGGAGACCCAGCCCUCCAUGCCUCAAGGAAAAGGACCCCUGGUGCUGCGCACAAACGUCCAGUUCUCUGUCAAGACCAGGCUUCUUAUUAAGUUCCCUGAGAUGAACCACUCCAUGAAAGUUAAUGUGUCCAUGGACAGGGAGGCUCCUCAGAUCAAAGGAUAUCGGCGUUUUAAUGUCCUUGGGACUAAAAGCAAGGCUUUGAACAUGGCAGAGAGCCAGAAUGGAGGCAUGGUAGCAGACUUCAGGCAUCUUACUCUGAAGGAGCAGAAGUCUGGAGGUGGCGGCAAAGGAGUCAGUGAUAUUUCUCUCAGUGUUACAGAGGAGCUGCACAUCAUCUACUUUGACACUGUGUUUGAGAUGAAAGGCGUGUCAGUUGAGUUGCAGGCCUCCUCAAUCCCGGUGGUCAUCAUCUCUAACUCCAGCCAGCAGCAGAGUGCCUGGGCAUCUGUCCUCUGGUUCAACCUGCUCAGUGUGGACACAACGGAUGUCGUGUUCUUCACCAACUCUCCUGCAGCUACUUGGCCGCAGUUUGGAGAAAUGUUGAGCUGGCAGUUUCUCUCUGCCACUAAACGUGGUCUGAGUGAGGAUCAGCUGGAAAUGAUGGCACACAGACUUUUCGGAAAGCAGCAGAAAUAUGACACCUGCAAAGUAGCUUGGUCAAAAUUUAGCAAGGAAAAUACUCCUGACACUUUCUGGGUGUGGUUUGAUGGCAUCUUGGUGUUGGUGAAAACAUACCUUGAAGACCUGUGGAGGGAUGGCCUCAUCAUGGGGUUUGUGAGCAAAGGCAAAGAGAAGUCCCUCCUGAAGAAGAAACAGAGAGGCACGUUCUUGUUGCGGUUCAGUGAAAGUGUCAUUGGGGGAAUCACCUUCUCCUGGGUAGAAAUGACCAUAACUGGUGAGCCUGAAGUGAAGAAAGUCCGGCCCUUCACCAAGGUCGACCUCUGCCAGAUUCCUUUCCAUGAAAUCAUCAGGGAUUACCAGAUCUUAGAGGCUGAAAAUAUCCCAGAAAGUCCUCUUCUCUACCUAUAUCCCAGCACCCCUAAAGAUGAGGCUUUCGGAAAAUACUACUCUAAAAAGAGUGGAAGUAACAGUCUUUACAUACAGUACAUCAAAACCAAGCUGAUGUUUGUUUCAAAGGAGGACACACUGGAGGCUAAGUCACCCAUGUCCUCUGACAUGGCACAGGGUGAAGGCUUGGAGCCAAUGAAUGCCCUGUGUGGAGAGGCAGCUGAACCAAACGGGAGUCCUCCCUCACCUCUGGAAACGUAUCACACUGACCCCAUGCUGUCCGACUCCUUUGUAGCCACAGAGGAUGAGUUACUGACGUUUAUCAACAACCCCCACAUCUUUGUUGAUUCUGACAUCUUGCAAGAUGAGGCGGGGCUGCCUGAUUUCGCUCUUACAGGAUUUAAUUGCCUGCCCCCACAAUCCUGUGGAAGCAUUUUCCAAUGAACCUCUGUAACAUCUUUCCUUUUUCAGCAUUUGUUUCCAGCUGUGCACUUUGAAAUGAUUAGAAUGUUAUAAUUCUCUUUUUUAUCAUGUUUUAUUAUUAUUGAUAAUGAGACUAUUUGAACACACAAAAGAGAGAUAAUUGAAUUAGCUGGACUAAUAUCCACUCCAUUAGUGUCCCAGGCACCUGUAUUAAUUCAAUUCAGUUUUUUUUGCAUAGCCCAAUAUCACAAAUUACAUUUUUUUUACAAAAACUUUACAAUCUGUACACAUACGACAUCCCUGUCCCAGGACCUCACAUCGGAUCAGGAAAACCCCCAAAAAUAACCUUUCACAGGGAAAAAAGGGAAAAAAACCUUCAGGAGAGCAACAGAGGGGAUCCCUCUCCCCGGAUGGACAGAUGCAAUUAUUAGACACCUCAACUAUCAUGCAGCUGUUAUUUUAAGAAAUUCUAUCAAACUGACAUUUUUUGUUUGUAGUUGUUUCUGAAUGUUAAGCAGAGUAGAUUGUGCAGACUGCACAUCAUUUAUUGUUUCAAUGUCCCUUUGGUUACUUUACUGUUGCCACCUGCAGCUUGUGGCAACAUUGAUCUGACACGGCCCGCCACAGCACUAAAGACCAGAUUACAUGAACACCUUAUAUCUUUUGUCGUGUACUAUCAGCAUGUGAUGGCCCCUGCCUACGUUAUCGUACAAGUGUGGUUUUGCCAGGUUUUUGACGUGGGUAUGGCAGAUUACUGGAUGCAGAGCACCUGGUCCUGGAGCACAGAGGGAACAAAAGCCCUCCAGUAUUGCUCUGGCGUGCAUGAACUCUUGGUUUAUGCCUGGUUAUGUCUUCUUUUGUUUUUGCUGACAACACCCCACACUUCAUAAUACUCAUGCAUUCAUGUUUACAUCACUGAUGUUACUGACUGACACACUUCACAGUGGUAGUCUUUUCUUUACUUCAUUAGAAUAAAUACCCUUUAAUUUACCAUCAUCGACUGUCAUAACUUCCUGAAUUACUAAUGUCAGGCAUGUUGUGUUACAAAAGAAUAUCCUGUGCUGAUUCUGUAACAUGGGUGGUUUCUCAUAUGAUGUAAUAGACACCUAGUGGUGAUGGUUGGCUAAUUCAACAUUCUGAAUGCAACAGUGGGGAUUAUGUAUUACAAAAUAUAAUGUAUUCCAUUCAUAAAAUAAACACAAAGUAAUAUUGUACAUUAUUGUCAAAAAACAAACAAGAAUAUAGUAAAACAUGGUUGUGAAAUAAA